AUGAUUGCCAAUGUAGCUAGUGGUUUAGGUUACCAACACGAGAGCCACCAGGAUGAUGCGGAAAGCUCCAUAAAUCAGGAGACGGACACACGAAAAGUACUCUACAAUCAACAUAUUCCAACUACUAAUUUUCAACGUGCAGCGCUAGCCUUUGGUUCAGCCUUUGCAGCAUUAAAUGACCCAAGAAGGCAUGUUAUGGUUGCUGAUCUCGGCGAAGCGACUGGACAGUUUGCCCUGGAAAGACUAAGAUCAAAAAUGAAUGCGGAUCCUUCUGGCCGCCAAAUUCUUAGGGAGAGGCCUAGAAUCCAUUCCUCUGUUGUAAACCUUGACAAGCUAAGAAAUUUUCCGGAAGAUUCGUUCGGAAAAGCAUAUGUGCAAUUUCUUGAUACUAAUGAAAUCACGCCCGAUAGCAGAAUGCCUGUUCGUUUUGUAGAUGACGAAGAACUCGCUUACGUGAUGACCCGAUAUCGAGAAAUCCAUGACUUCGUUCAUACUUUACUUGGACUAUCGAUUAGUGUGCCGAAUGAAAUUAUAGUGAAAUGGUUUGAAAUGAUUCAAACUGGCUUGCCUAUGUGCAUGCUGGGGUCUUUCUUUGGACCUCUGAAACUUUCACUUGGGGAUAAUUUCAUAUUAACGAGGUACUAUAUACCAUGGGUGGUCAAUACUGCUAGGAAGGCAAAGUCAGUUAUGAAUGUCUACUUUGAGAAACAGUUUGAUCGGCCAAUAGAAACGCUACGACAGGAAUUAAAUAUUACUAUACCGCCAAAUGUACCUUUUGAAGGAAAAUACAUUUAA